AUGUUUUAUUUAAAUGCAGUGAAAAUAGCUGUGGAAGUGAAAUAUGCGGAAGUGAAAACACUUGAAAUCGAAAAUGGUGAAGAAGUCGACAAUGAUCAUGUCGUAUAUUCAUUGAAAGUUGGUGAUACUUUUGAAAUUGGCAACAAGUUUAAGUGUUUCGUACAAUUAUGCUUUGAACAAAGGGUCGAAUCAAAAGCACUAUUGAAUGAGUAA